GUGGACUCUUUAUUUUAUAGCAUUGUUUCUCUUCGUUUACUCCACAAAUGGUUCCCCUUCCGCCGAAAAAACGUCCAAUCCCGCCACAAAUGGGUCCCUUUUUGCUGAUAGGUUCAAAAACACCAACGUCACCGCACCAAAUCCGGACUUAAUAUUUUUUAACCGAGUCCCCAAAGUAGGGAGCAGCAUGAUGAUAAAUCUCCUCAGAAAACUGUCCAUCCGAAAUGGGGUCGCCUUCUACCAAGACGGCGCCCACCCUGGGAUGCAGGCCAGGCUGAAUUGUGCCCAGGAAGCUGACCUUGCGCACCUCCUCUGCCAGAUUCCCAAACAACCAGUCAGCGUGUAUACUAAACACGUCGCUAUGGUCAACUUUACCCGUGUGGGGGGUGCCUGUGACCACGUCGUGUACAUCAACAUGGUGCGGGACCCGGUCGAGCGAGUGAUUUCAUGGUAUUACUACAUCCGGUUAAGCAAGGUUAGAAAUUUUGUCGCCAAGAUGAGGAAGGCCAAUAAUAAAACAGAGGACGACACUUGGUUACAGAGGGAUUUUUCGACCUGUGUGCUCCAAAAUUAUGACGAGUGUCAAUUUGAGUUUAGACACGAAAAUGUGUGGAGUCAAAUGAUGUUCUUUUGUGGAAUGGAUGAGCGUUGCAAACUUCUUCGGAUCUAAGGCACUAAUGGUUUGCUGUAGCCGAUCCUCCAGCUUUGGCAUGUUUCCAGAACUAUCCGUUAUUUCUGACUUCCAACCAAUUCGUUGGACUCGAUUUGAAAUAUGCCCCACCCAGAGUUGGGAUAAUCCGGAUUAAAAUUGCUUGGAUUAGUAAUACUGAUUAGGAUUAAUCCGGAUUAGUAAUCCGUAAUCCAACAAUUUAAAAAAUAUAUUAAUUUUGUCAUUUUCGCAGAAAUCAAUCAUGAAAAAUGGCAAUAAAAUAAAUUAUUUGUAUCAUUCUGAUUUCUCCUAAUACA